AUGGCUGCACGCCGUUACCCGACGGCCGAGUUGUACGACGAAAGGCAACGCGACUUCUACCGCGGUGCGCGAAGCGAGCGCGACUAUGAUGAGCUGGACAUCGAGCUCUCCCACGGACGCCCUGAUUACGGCCGCCGUCAGCCCGAGUUCCUUCGUGAAGAUUACGGACGCACGGCUGCUGGCCCCCUCGUCCCCUUUCGCGGCAGAGAAGCCGAUGAGAGGCCUCCUUCCAGAGCACCGAGGCGCGAAGUGGAGACAGACGAGAUCAUCAUCAGGCGCCGAGAAGAAGAGGAACGACCUAGGGCUCGGCCUCCACCCCCUCGCUCAGAGGUUGACCGCAAUGAGUUCAUGUUUCGCCGGCAAGAGCGUGAGCCUCCCCGUCGCGCACCCGCCGAGACCGAGACAACCGACAUAGUCAUCCGUCGACGUGAAGAAGAGGAAGUGCCGAGAGUUAGAGCCAGACCUCGGGAAGUGGAGCGAGAGGAACUAGACAUCAGUAUCAGGCGCACUGAGCAAGAAGAGCGACCCAGGGCACGGCCUCCUCCCCCUCGAUCCGAAGUGGAUCGCGAAGAGUUCUCUUUCCGCCGUGAAGAAAUCGAGCGACCAAGGCAGCCCGAAGAGAUCCGCUUCCGGCGAGGAGACUUCCAAGAAAGGCCCCGACGAGCACCAAUGGUUCGAGAUGAUGAACCAGAAGUCAUCUUCAAGCACCGAGAGCGCACGGGGCCUGGGCCAGAUAUACAUGAGGACAAGCUAAUCAUUCGGCCGCGCUCUAACAGCAGGCCCCCGCCGCGCGAACUUGUCGCCCGCGAGAGGGAAGAAUUCAUUGUUCGGCGCCGCGAACCAACUCCUCCGCCACCGCCACCUCCACAGCUCGAGCAAGAGGAGAUAAUCAUCAGGCGUGUAGAGCGCGAGCGCCAGCCUUCGCCACCACCGCCGCCACCGGAGCCAGAACCGAUCAUUAGGCCACCAAUCCACCAGGAAAUCAUUACGCAUCACCGUCACAUAGAUCAUGGUGUCAUACGUGCCCGCUCACCGACUCCUCCACCUCCACCCCCGUCUCCGCCCAAGGAUGAGUCUCUGGAGAUUGCAAUUCGCAGACGCGGUGCGAACGACAAGUUCUACGACGAGGACAUCAUUUACGAACGCGAGACCCGAGAGCGCAAGACACGGGAUCGAGAGGUGGAGCUUAGCCGGCGACGGUCCUUGAGCGCACCCCGACGCCGGUUUACGGGCAACGAUAUCGGAGCCGAGGCUGAAUACUACAACCGCAAGGCAAUGGAGCGGGCUUACGUCGGCGAGGCUUACAAUGGCGCCACCAAGGACUGGGCGAUCGUUGAUGUACCUCCCGGGACAAACCGCGUGAAAAUGGAUGGCGCUGGAGGCGGCUCUCAAGAGAUCACGUGGCAGCGGUACAAUGGUGUGCGCAGAUCCAAGUUCAUUGCGGAAGAUGAGGUGUACGACUCUGGCUUCGGAGCAACGCCUUCCGGACCGCCUGCUCGAGCAAGGCCGCGUGCGUCAGAUAUGUGGACGGAGAUCACCAAGGAUUUGGUCAUCAAAGACGCCAUCGAGGAGAUGGGUUUCGACUACGAGGAGACAGAGUACUUCUUCUACGUUAUGGAAUACCUCCGCUACGAGGACGUUCUACAGCUUGUUGAACUAUCCGACUACAUCCGCAAAGACCGCCGUGCGCGCAUCCGCGAAAUCCAGUACGAACGCGAAGAGCUCAACGAUCGUCGGCGGUUGACCUACGAUGACCACCUCGUUGAGCGCGAAGUCAUAUAUGACAGCAGGCGUCGUUACUAG